AUGCAAUCAUCAAGCCGGCAUCGCGUGUGGUCGAGCGUGGCGCUGGCGGCGCUCAGCAUGCUCGCGAAGGAGACCGGACUUACUGCUCUGCUGUUCAACGUCGCCUUCGAUCUGUACCGGUGCUGGACUUGUAAUAGAUCUUCUUCAGCAGGGAAGUGGCGGUGGCGGGGUGACAGCUCAUACGGGCGCGUGCUCCGUGCGCUGGCCGCACUGGUACUGCUGGCUGGGGCUAGGCUGGCGUUGUUACAGGGAUCCCUGCCCGCGUUCUCACCGCAGGACAACCCUCCUGCUUUCCACCCUUCGUUUAGUGUCAGACUGAUGACGUUCUGCUACCUGGCGGCGUUCAACUGGUGGUUGCUGCUGUGCCCGUGGUCGCUCAGCCACGACUGGCAGAUGGGCUCGGUGCCGCUCAUCACGAGCGCCUGGGAUCCACGGAACCUGCUCACCUGCGCCGCGUUCAUAGCCUUGCUGGCGCUCUCGUACCGAUGUCUGGUGGAUUUAGAACUACAACGCCACACUCCUGCAGUGGUUGGACUGAUGCUGCUGGUGCUGCCGUAUCUGCCGGCCUCGAACCUGCUCGUCACUGUUGGUUUUGUGGUGGCUGAAAGGGUGCUAUACAUACCCAGUGUGGGUUCAGCCAUCAUCACAGUAUACGGGGUGCAGCUGAUGUGGCGGCGCGGCGCCGGCGGGCGGCUGCUGAUCCUAGGCAUAGCGGUGCUGGUGUCAGGCGGGGUGGCCAGGACACACCUGCGGAAUAGGGACUGGAGGACCAGGGAGACACUGCUAAGAGCGGACCUCUCUGUGUUGCCUCAUAAUGCGAAACUUCAUUACAAUUUCGCUAACUUCUUGAAGGACAUUGAGCAACAAGAGAAUGCUAUUAAACACUAUAAGGAGGCUUUGAAGCUGUGGCCAAGUUACGCGAGCGCUCACAAUAAUCUCGGCACGUUGGUAUUAGCAUCUGGUCGGGCAGAGCAUCACUUCCUACAAGCUCUCAAGUACAACAGGGAUCACGUCAAUGCUCAUUAUAAUCUAGCCAAACUAUACAGAAAAAAGAACCGCCUGGUCGAAUCUCUGAAGAUGCUGGAACGCUGCAUCUCCUUAGAGCCGAGGUUCGUCCAGGCAUACCUGGAGCUUCUGCUGCUGAAGCCAGAAAACGAAAAACGAGGAGUACUGGAUAAACUGCUAGAGCUGGAACCGAAGAACUGGGAACACUACUUAUUGUAUGGGAACUGGUAUAAGGAAAGAGGUCUCCUGCCUAUGGCCUUAGACUACUACACGACAGCGAUGCGACUCUCGUUCAGCAGCGCGCAUGGCAGCGCUCGCGGUGAGGUGCUGAGCCUGCGCGCUGCGUGUCUUGCAUUGCGCAGCGCUGGACAGUACAACAGAGUGCUGCAACUACUUAUAAGAUGGCACGGCGUGCGCGGCGGCGCGCAGCCGGCGUCGCGGCGCGUGCUGGCGGCGCGCGCGUGGCGCCUGCGCUCCGAGCUCGCCGAGCGGGCCGCGCUAUACGCCCGCCCGAGGCAUCAGCCAUCUCCCAUAACAUCAACAUGUCUGCAUCACAGCCAAUUAGAGGUGUCAGCGGAGAUCACAGACAAGUUAAAACAACACGAAGUAGAAUCUAGAAUAUUAGGACAAAACUCACUUCACAGUGGUGCAAGCACCGCGAACGGCGUGGACAAAAAUCUAGAUAAAAAUUAUUGCCAAAAAGAACACAGAAAAAAGAGUGUUUCGUUAUCCAGUCAAUAUAAACUGACGCACAAUAAAUCAGAAACGGGACAGAGUCAAAAAAGUUGUCCGUUGCACAAGAAAAAGAAAAUGAAAGACCCAGAAUUCACACCUUUCGUGUCAGACCAUUUGAUAAAGACUUAUUAA